AUGGCUAAUAUUUACCCCUUCAACAAAACAUGCACCCAUUUAUCAUUGGGUGUGUGUCCUUGUCCCAAAUCAAAAACACACACCUAUCAUAUAGGAAGAAGAUGGUGGGGGUAUUCAACAAACUUGAUGCUUUAUGAUGAUCCUUGGAAAAUCAAAAAAGUUCUUCAAGAGAGUGAUCUUGAUGAUACACUAUUGUUGCCCAAAGAUUUGGCAGAGGAGUUGGUGUUACCUGUGUUGGGUGCUGGUGCUGAUCUUGAAGAAGGAGCUUUGGUUAGGAUUUGUGAUUUUGAUACAAAUUCAAUGCAUGUGUUGAUUAUUAAGAGAUUGGUUUCUUCAGGACACUAUGCUUUUAGUGAUAAUUGGGUUCAAGAUUUUGUUAGAAGAAGGGGUUUGAAGGAAGGUGAUGAGAUUGGGUUCCAUUGGGAUCCAUAUAAUGAACACUUUGAUUUUUCUGUUCUAUUUAGGACUAUUAGGAUGUAGCUAGCAUGCACUAGAAGAUAUUAUUUGUACUAUGUUUAAUGUUAGCAUUAACCGUUUUUUUUUUUUUUUUUUCUCUAACUAGUAGUGUUGUCAAUUAUGACU